AUGUUGAGAGUUACAGCUUGGGUAAAGCGGUUUGUCGCCAAGCUAAGACAACGUACCUGUGAAGAAGGUCCUCUUACUGUAUUGGAGAUCCAAGAAGCUGAGGAGUACUGUAUAAAACAAGUCCAGAGAGAGAAAUAUUUUUCGGAUACUCAACAGAUAGAGAGGAAUAAGCUAAUAACACCAGAUUCGAAGCUUAACAGUUUAGCGCCAUAUCUGGAGAGUAGAGGUAUUUUGCGUGUCAGAGGUCGUUUGGAACAAGCAGAAUUAAUAGAUGACGAAAAACAUCCCAUUAUUCUGCCGAAAACGAAGUUCACCGAACUAGUGAUAUUUAGUGAACACAUAAAAGUAUUUCAUUCAGGUGUCAUGGCAACGUUGUCCAAAGUCAGGAAUAAAUUUUGGAUACCUAAAGGAAAACAAGUAGUAAAGACAGUUAUUAACGCUUGUCUGGUGUGUAAAAAGUUCUCAGUGAAGCCCGCCAAACAGUUAACGGGUCAGUUACCAAGAGAUCGUGUAGUCCAAAGCAAUCCUUUCACAGUUGUAGGCACUGACUUAACGGGAGCAGUUACUAUUAGAGAAAAAGCAGAUAUCCACAAAAAGGUGUACAUAGCCUUAUUUACAUGCGCCGUUACUCAUGCUGUACACAUUGAAGUGGUCUCAAACAUGUCAGCAAAAAGUUUCAUUUUUUUCAUUACGACUUAUUAG